AUGUGCCACUUUCAGGUCUCCUCACACACUGCUGGUGUGUUGAAUUUUUUGACAUAGGGUGCUGGCAGAUUACGGGCCUCCUAUAGCUGCUGCCAGGCCCCUAAUCUGCAUGGGCCCCUAUAUACGCCUCCUCAUGCUGCUGCCAAGUCCAGAGUCUCUCAUGGGUCCCUGUACGGCCUCCCAUUGCUGCUGUCUCCAUCGCCACACUCUGCCAUGUGCCACUUUCAGGUCUCCUCACACUCCUGCUGGUUUCCAUUUUGUCAUAGGUUGCUGUAUGGCCUCCCAUUGCUGCUGCCUCCACCGCCACACUGUGGCUCCAAACACUGGUUUUGGCCCCGUGACUGGCCAAAUGAGUGAAGUGUGCGGUGAUUCUAAGAUCGACGGCACUCAUCUGCAUGUCAUACUGAGUGACAGUAUUAUUUCUCUUCUCCAGCAGACUCCAAGGGCAUUUAAAUUAAAGGUACAGUGUUCUGCACUAAUAUUA